CCUACCCAUUUUUAAAAAAUCUCCCGUUAAUCUUCUUUCUUUCUCUCUUUCUCUCCGGUGACCGGUCCCUCUUCUUUUCUGUCUCUUCCUCACCCAAUGCAAACAACAAAGCACUGUCAUUAGCACGUCGAUCUCUCCCUAUAAAUUCCAUUGUCUGCCUUUCAAGAAUCCCAUGGCGAGACUCAAAACCACCAAAAUGCGGGCUUUGGGUCUUCUGAUCUUGGGUCUGUUGUCACUCACACUGCCGGUCUCGGUGGUGUACUCUGCUUCCGUUCUCCCUCUGAAGAGGGCGUUUCCGUUGGACCAACCGGUCGAGGUGGACGAACUCAUAGCUCGUGACGGAGUCAGACACCGGCGCCUCUUGGGGGGUGGCGUUGGCGGUGUUGUCGACUUCUCAGUCCACGGUUCCUCCGAUCCAUAUCUCAUCGGCCAAGCUGAGCCAUUGCUUUAUUAUACAAAAGUGAAACUGGGCACUCCACCUAGAGAAUUCAAUGUGCAGAUAGACACUGGAAGUGAUAUUCUAUGGGUCACCUGCAGUUCCUGCAGUAAUUGCCCCCAAUCCAGUGGACUUGGAGUGGAACUCAGUUUCUUUGACUCUGCUAGCUCGUCAACUGCAAGGCCAGUCCCAUGUUCAGACGCAGCAUGUUCUCCAGCUAGUCAAACCAGUGCAACUCAAUGCUCUCUGAAUAACCUGUGCAGUUACUCUUUCCACUAUGGAGACGAAAGCGGGACAUCUGGUUAUUAUGUAAAUGAUGUGUUGUUUUUUGAUGCUGUACUGGGGCAGUCUUUGGUUGCAAACUCUUCGGCUCUUGUUGUGUUUGGGUGUAGCACAUGUCAGUCUGGUGACUUGACUAAAACUGAUAAAGCUUUGGAUGGAAUCUUUGGAUUUGGUCAUGGGGAUCUAUCUGUGAUAUCACAGUUAUCAUCAAGGGGUAUAACUCCUAGAGUUUUCUCUCAUUGCUUGAAAGGAGAUGGUAGUGGAGGGGGUACAUUGGUUCUGGGUGAGAUUUUGGAGCCAGGCAUUGUUUAUAGUCCACUUGUCCCAUCACAGCCUCAUUAUAAUUUAAAUCUGCAGAGCAUUUCUGUCAAUGGACAAUUUUUGCCAAUUGAUCCAUCUGUUUUUGCAACAUCAACUAACCGGGGUACUAUCAUUGACUCUGGAACAACUUUGGCUUACCUUGUGGAGCAGGCAUAUGAUCCUUUUGUUAGUGCGAUAACUGCUGCUGUUUCAACAUCUGUGACUCCCACUAUUUCUAAAGGAAAUCAAUGUUAUCUUGUCUCUAACAGUAUAAAUGAUGUAUUUCCUUCAAUCAGUCUAAAUUUUGCUGCUGGUGCAUCAAUGGUCUUAAAACCAGAAGAGUACCUCAUACAACUUGGUUUCUAUGAUGGUGCUCCAUUGUGGUGCAUUGGUUUUCAGAAAGCUCAGGGACCAAGCGCAAUGUUAACGAUUUUAGGAGGUUGGAUUCUAAUUUCGCUUUUAUGGUCAAUACAAAGUUUGCUGAAAGACAUUUGGAUCAAGAAGCAAUUUGCUGAAACACAUUAUGAUCUAGUUCUAAAGGAUAAGAUCUUUGUUUAUGAUCUUGCUCAUCAACGGAUUGGGUGGACUAACUAUGACUGUAAGUUUUCUUGAUUCCCAUUUCAUCUAUUUGCUUAUUUCCUCGUCAACAACUACAAUUUAGUGCCUCUUACAUAUCCUCUGCAUUUCUAUGUCUUAGGUUCAUUAGAUGUAAAUGUGUCAAUUACUAGUGAUAAGGAUGAGUUUGUAAAUGCUGCACGGCUCAGUAUGAGCACCUCACGACAAGACAUGCUCUUCAAGGUGCUCCAACUGAGCUUUAUGGCUCUUUUGAUCCACCUCAUAGAUUUCAUGGAGAUCCAGUUUUUGUAAUUUAUACAUAGAGCUCGAGAAUAAAUUCACUUGUUUCAGUUUUUGGCCAAUCUUUAUUUAUAGUGAUCGCCCUGGCCUUCAUGCUGUUAUUCCAGAAGCGAAGGUUUUCUCCUACAGUAUACCAUUCUUCACCAUCUCAGAUCGCUACUAAAUAUGGUAGCUUCUAUUCUUCUGCUGGACAGUUAGGCUUUUCUCAUUGUAGAGGAUCCUUUCUCUUCUGCAUUUACGGAAUUGUAAUUAUAUCUUCACCCAAUUGAGCAUUGUGUUGCCCUGGCAGCAGGAAGCAGAAGAAGAGUGUCUCACUCUCCCCUUUUUUUUCCUAGUUACUAGUUCAGGAAGGGUUGUAGAAGGCAUCAUGUAUCGUGUCAUUUUUGUAAUCUGCAUUGCUUCUUUGGUUAUCCUAUGUGCUGUGUGUUCCCUUUCCAAUCAUUGUGUCAAGCCAAAGGAAGAACCAUUCCUUUUGUAAUAAAGUUCUUUUGUUGGAAGUGAGUUUGUUGCAGUAAUCAAACUGACUUGUUUUGUAACAAUGUAGAAACAGGCAGGCAACAUUCUUACCUUUUGAAAAUUUUCUUUUUAUUAAAAGUUAGUUUUAAAU